GUUUUCUUGGUCUCUAUAUAAGUGGAUGAACAUUUCACUGUAUCUUAGCAUGUUCAAGUGUUUCAUCAGCCUUGCCUAAUUUUUCACCAAAUGUCCAUGAGGAGUUACAUUUCAACAAGGUCAGUUAGAAAUUCACAGAUUUGCUGUGUCAGAAUUGUCUUGCUGUUCAUCGAGGAGCCCAAAACAGAGGAGUUUGGAGAUUUGUGGGAGAACUCCACAGUGCCAGGAUGCACGCUUUAUCAUUACUGCUGAAGAGUCCUGUGCUUGUUGCAGUCGUUUUGGUCGCCGGUAUUGGGGGAAUGUUCCUGUACGGCUUCAGCGUUUCUGUCCUCACUGCACCAUCAGUCUACAUUAAAGAGCUUGUGAACAGCACGUGCGUGCAGAGAUAUGGCCUUUCUCUGGAGGACUGGCAGCUCUCACUCAUUUGGUCCUUCAUCAUCUCCAUAUACUGCAUCGGGGGUCUGUUAGGCAGCCUGUGUGCCGGGCGCAUCGCUGCAACCUAUGGCAGGAAGACGUCCCUCAUGCUGAACAACGUGGUGGUUAUCUGUGGAGCCGUGCUGAUGGUGCUGAGCAAAACGGCACACUCGUUCGAGAUGAUCCUGGUGGGACGUCUCCUCUAUGGCAUCAGCUCAGGUGUUGUUGUAACGAUCCACCCCAUGUACGUGCUGGACUGCGCCCCCAAAAAUUUAAGAGGGAUGGUCGGUUCUUCUGUGGCCAUGUUUACCUCGCUGGGGAAGUUUUUUGGCCAGCUGCUCAGCAUCAGUGAGAUAUUGGGAACAGAAGAUCUGUGGCCGUUCUUGCUGGCCUUUUGUGCCUUGACUUCUAUUCUACAGCUUGUCCUUCUGUACUUCCUGCCUGAGUCUCCAUGCUACCUGCUCUUACAACGGGAAGACAAACCUGCCUGCGAGAAGGCUCUGCAGCAGCUGCGAGGUUCUCAUGCUGACUUCACAUCAGAGGUGGAGGAGAUGCUGAGAGAGUCUGUGGCCAUACGGGGUGUGAAGAACCACAGUGUGCUGGAGCUCCUGCUUGCCCGCUCCAUCCGCUGGCAGCUACUCACCAUCAUCAUCAACUUCAUUACACUGCAGCUGUGUGGCAUCAACGCUGUUUAUCUGUAUGCGACUGAUGUGUUCCGCAUAGCAGGAAUCCCAGAACACAACUUGUGCUAUGUGAUUUUGGGAACAGGAUUGUGUGACUUCUCCACUGUACUCAUCUGUAGUCUGGUGAUUGAGCACACAGGGAAGAAGGUACUGAUAGUUUGGGGUUAUGUGUGCAUGUCUGUUGCAAUGCUCCUCCUGACGCUCACGCUGUACCUACAGGUGCAUGUGUCAUGGAUGUCAUACUGCAGCAUGGUGCUCAUCUUCAUCUGCAUCAUCUCCUUCUGCAGCGGACCAAGUUGUGUAGCAAUCCCUCUGCCUGGUGAGCUCUUCACCCACUCCUUCCAGUCAGCAGCUUUCACUGUGGCCUCCACUCUCAACUGGAUAGGGCUCUUCUUCGUGGGAAUGGUCUUUCCUUUAUUAGCAGAGCAGUUAGACUAUUUCUGCUUCCUCAUCUUCUUCGUGUUCUGCUUUUCCACCGCUCUGUUCAUGUGGUACAACGUACCCGAGACGAAGAACAAAUCCAUAACGGAGAUCACCGCCGAGUUCGACAGGAUGCACAGCAAAGCAAAACACUCGGAGACCAAACUCAAAGCUCAGCAACCUGAAGAACCCACAGAGAUUGAACAGUCCACCAAACUCUGAUUUCUCAACUGAUUUACUCUAAGUGUAGUAUGUGGGCAUCACAUUUCUGUUUCUGUUUCAUCAAUCAGUUCUGCUCUGGCGAAAGAAAAGCUGGAAAAAAU